GUUUGAACGAGAAGCGCUUUGCCAAAGCUUCACUUCCCGAAUGAUCUACUCGAAGAAAUAGUUACUGGUGGAAUAUCAUUUAAAAGUUUACGUCUGGGAAAUAAAAAGGAACCCAAAAACACAAAAUGAGUGUGUUUGGUCAAAGUAAACCAGCAUAUUUGAAGACCUAUGGUAAAAGCCAGAAGCGCAGAGUGGAACAAUGGUUCUCUCCUGACCUGAGAAAGAAAGUGUUCUCCUCCAGUACACUAUCAUCUGAUCAGUCAAUCCCAGAGCUCACUUCCAAGAAACGAAAAGCCAAAAAAAAAAUCCCAACUUCAGCCCGUUCUGGGACUUUGCGCAUGGCAAAGCAGAAAGCUGUGGAAGCCUUGAAAAAGGUGGAGAGUGAUGAGGAAAGUAUUUUUAUUCCAGGAACAGCUCCCAGGAGGAAACCAUGCACCAAACUAAUUAAGAAGACUGCAGUUACAAGCACGUCACCAGGCAUGCAUGGCUUCGCAUCCCUCAAGGCGGAACAUUCUACUCCAUACACAAGGAAGAGGAUAAGAAAAAAACAGCCUGUUCUCAGCAACAGUGAGAAUGAGGGUGGCAGUUUUGUCUCAAAGAAAUGUUCAAAUGCCUUUAGGCAGAGUACAUCUUCAAUUUUCCAACAUAUGAAGCAAGGAGAGUCAGUUGGUCGGCCGAAUGUGGACAGAUUCGUGACACGACGGAGGAGGGUGCUCCACAGGCAAUCUGAAAAGCACCGUUUGGAAGAAAAUCUUGGAGUUUCCAGCAAGGCCCUGAAUGCAUCAAAAGACUUUACUGGUGGUGUUCCUUCAUUUUCCCAUUAUAUGAUAAAUUGCAAACAGCCCACCACUCAGGAGGAGUCAAAUACUAAGUUGUCUGCUGUGUUUCACAGUGGUGCGCACAAUCGUUCAGGCAUGGUUUUACGUGAAGUCUCAUUUAACAGUGUUGAAGAGCUGAUGAUGUCCUGUAAACGCCCACUGCUGUGCAGUACCCCAUCCCAUUGCCUUGAGCCCUCUAUCCAUGAGACCUCAUCCUUUAGCUGUGAUGAGUUAGACAAGCCUCCACUAAAUGAAAGUACAGCCAGUGAUCAAAUGAGCAAAUCAGGGAAACACUGCAAGCUCCAGAAGUACGAAGGAUGUGCACAAUACUCCCCAAAAAUUGAGACCAUGCACCAGAUGGAAGUGUGUGCCAAUGCACAAUCGCCGCCAAGACUGGAGAAACGUCGGACACGCGCAAGUGUUGAAUUCGUGUCUUCUCGGCCACACCUGAAGCAGUUGAAAGAGAGGGCUGUCGUCAUACUGAAGGAGCUAGAUGCCUUGGACAUGCCUUUAAAUCAACGUGAAAAUGGGAAACAAGAGGUAGAGAAAAGCGGUAGAGAGGUGUAUCCUGAUACUUCAGCAACUGCUAUACCAAGCUGCCAUGAAAAGCAAACCUGUCACAUGUCUUCAGAUUAUGCCAUGUCUGAUGCCAGUACCCAAGCUCUCCAUCUAACCUCUUCACUCAGCCCAUCUUCCUUUUUAUCUGUUUCCUCUCUUUCUGCACCAACUUAUAAGCUCAGCAGUUCACUCCAAAUGCAGAUUGAUCGUCUUAAGGUAGAGUGCCUGUCCUCUUGCGUCACUGUCUGCCUCCAGCGUUUGGACUUGGGCACCAUCUCCCAGGCCCAUCAGGGGAUAAGAGGGACCCGUAAGGCCCAGGUUGCCUCUCCUCUUUCUUUAGAUACCAAAGGAGGCCAAAAUGCCAGGAACUUGAAUCUUCCUUGCUUGGUGGACAGUGAAUCAGCAGAGCAGUCAUUUGGCAGUGAAUUGCGGACUGGAGGACUAUUUAGACAGCUAUCUGCCAUUUCCCCUAGACCUGUUACAGCUCCCAAUAAAAUGCUAGUAGCAAACGAAAAUAAUGGUCUUUGUACCACCCGAAAAGUAUGUGUGAGCGGCCUAAAUUCUAGCCGGUGGUCAAAGAGAGGUAUGGGUGAGCAAAACAGAAAGCAGAGGCAGGAUGAAACUAGAACUAAACCAGGAGACUGGUCAUCCAGUGACCUUCUGCCUACUGGAGCUGGUUCAUACAUGAGGGAAUCUGCUUGUGGCUGGCCACAGAGCUGCAAAGUGAUUGGAUUACCCGAGACCCCUCUCCGUGCAGAAAUGUUGAACCUUUCCUCCUUUCUGACCAGUUUCACUCCAGACUCGCUCACAACACACACCUGGGGGCGUCUCAAAGCUGCAUUGUCCAUACACAAGAAAACAACAGCAUUUCCAACCCCUCGACGGCUGGCUCUUUCCAAUCUCAAUCAUCCAGGGCUGGUGGACACCAGUCUAGAGCUCUUUGGCACCCCAGUAUCUAAUCAAGCUUCCUUUCACCUGCUCCUGUCCAGCAUAACCAAUACCUCCAUGAUUUCUUCUAAUGAAGACAUCAGUGAUGCUGAGAAAGUAUAUCAGGAGUGUCAGCAGGAAGGCCCCCUUUUCUUUGAUGAUUGCAUUCCACCAGAAUGCAUGAAACACUGCAUUAAGAUUGGAGAGGGCACAUUUGGAGAGGUGUUCUCCAUGGUCAAUAAUGCCAAUCAGACGGUGGCCCUUAAAAUUAUUCCAGUGGAAGGCCAUCAGAAAGUCAAUGGUGAACCACAGAAAACAUUUGGUGAAGUUCUUCAUGAAAUUAUUAUUUCCAAGGAGCUAAGUGCACUCGACGCCAAGGAAAACAACAAAACGAAUGGUUUCAUCGGCCUUAUUAAUCUUCACUGUGUGCGUGGGUGCUACCCCAGUGCUCUGCUCAAAGCAUGGGACAAGUUUGAUCAAGAAAAGGGCUCUGAGAAUGACAGACCUGAUUUCUUUGGGAAGGAGCAGCUCUUUCUCAUCCUGGAGUUUGAGUUCGGAGGCAGUGAUUUGGAGAAUAUGAAUGGAAAGCUCACCUCUAUGGCCCAGGCUAAAAGUGUGCUGCAGCAGGUUACUGCAGCUCUGGCUGUUGCUGAGGAGGCACUUUGUUUCGAACACAGAGACCUGCAUUGGGGAAAUAUUCUGGUGAAAAAUACUAAACAGAAGCAUGAUCAGUUUAUUCUGAAUGGCUCAGUACAUUCUAUAGAGACCCGAGGAGUUCUUGUUAACAUUAUCGACUAUUCACUCUCCCGUCUUGAGAUUGAUGGACUAACGGUGUCUUGUGAUAUCGCAAAUGAAGAAGAGUUAUUCAUGGGUCAGGGUGACUAUCAAUUUGAAAUCUACCGUCUAAUGAAGAAAGAGAACAAUAACUGCUGGACAGACUAUAACCCUCACUCCAACGUACUGUGGCUACACUAUCUUACGGAUAAGCUUUUGAAUCUGAGGUACAGUAACAAACCACAGACCAACAAGCAGAAGGCCUUGAAGAGCAGCCUCAAGUCCUUUUACUCAGAGAUGCUAAACUACCAUUCAGCCAAAGAUGUCCUCUUGCACUCCACUUUAUUUCAGUGAUCUCCAGCUUGUGCUAUUUUUUUUUUAAAUCAUGCUAUUGAGCCUGUUUAACUUGGAAAGUCCAUCUUAAACUGAAUUAUUUAUUUGUAAAAA